AUGGCAGAAAAAGCCCGGAUGCCAUCCAAAAAGAAGAAAUCCGAUCAGUCCCAUCCACAAAUGGCACCGCCCAUUGUUCCAGCUAGUGCUGCCUCUCCAAUGCCAACAAUGAACUCAAUGCCGCCUUAUAUAUGUGCAUCACACAUACCCUUUAAUCCUUAUUUGGCAGAGCCUGGCGGAAUAUAUCAAGAAAAUACCCAAUUGAGAUCUGUACAUGGUUCUGAUCGAGACACCGUGCUUCCUUUGGGCCACAUCUUGACGUCAGGCGGAAGGAGUACCAGGCAUGGCUUCCCACACAGGCAGGAUAAUCAUGGCCAUCAGGCUGCAAUUACGUAUACCUUCAAACACGAGAACCCUAGUGAGAACCUCAAGAAGGAUGCUACAGCCUCCGACAAGAAACACCAACGUAUGUCGGCGCAACGCUUGACCAUAGAAGCUGGGGGUUCUUGCAUCUGGUGUUAUAAAAGAAGGAAACAAUGCAACUCAGAGGUGCCCUGCCCAAAUUGCAGACGGAAUGAACGGGAUGAGAAUGAUUGCGUUCGAGGCGGCUACUCCUCAUUAUACAUGGCAUUGAUGAUCAAACACAGAAGCCAGUUUGAGCCGGAUCCUGACUGUUUCAAAAAGGCCCAAGAGACAUUAGCGCGGUUGAAGCAAGAUAUACAACCAUUUGCUUCUCCGAUUGCAAUCCGUUGGGUUUUUCGUGAUCAGCCAUGCUACGGGACCUUCCUCUUGGCUGCUGAUCAACUUGAUUUGCAUCAAGCUGAUACCACUCUGGGAAAGGAAUUGGUGGAUCUGGCGCAGAGGUCUAUUCCGGUCAUUCGACAGCAACAUGAGCCAGAAGAACUUUCGAAUUAUGCGCACCGGGUUCUCGGCGUGCUUGCAAUAAUGAAACGGCUUUUUGCUUCUGUUUGUUCUACAGAAGCCGUAACUAUCAAAACUGCUAGGGCCAUUGUGUUUUUCCUAAUGACUAUAUAUACCAUGGAGUUGUGCGAGGUGUCGCUUCGCCUGGCCAAGGGACUCUAUCGAGCCCUCAACAAAAAAUCAUCAGCCACAGAGUGCAAGGAGUAUGUAAUUCCAGCCUACAUCCAGGCCAUCGAUGGCAUGAUCAACUUGCAGUGGCCCCACUCGCUGAUGUCGGACAUUUUCACGCAUGUGCAGCCUCCGGACCAACUUCGAAACUUACAGGAACUUCUUCGCCAGCUGGUUUUAGAUGGGGGAGUUGAGCCAACAUCUGACGCAAAUCAAAACUUCGACUCCGAUUUACCCCAAUUUGAUAUCAUGAUCGGGUUUCCGUAUGAAAUGAGGGGAACAUCGGUCCCUGUAGGCUUCAUACAAAGAUUGCGCCAAGGUUAUUCCGUCAAUGUGCUCCUCCGCUCAGACUUUGACGAGAGCAUGGAGAAUUCGACCACUGGUCCACAGACAAUCAACCCUUCGUUGUUGUUGUCGCCCGAAAUCAGUUGGGAUAGCAUACUUGCAGACAAUGAAACAUCGACUGCUCUGGAUAGCGGCUACGAUCCUGCUAUAUUCAGUUAUGGCACCGAAACUCAGAACACUGAAAUAACAUGUCCGCCUCUUGACUCGCCAGAUUUCUUCGCGCGUGCAUACGAGAGCACUCUCGCUAUGUCCAACUCGGCCAUUGAGCCGUCUCCUGAAGACUUUGCACAGAUGGGCGAACAUUUAAGUUGA